GUAGUUCUUCUCGUAGAGGGGUAGAGCUCAUUGCACCUGAACAGCUUCGCGUUACAUACAUACCUGAAGCACCGUGGAUCGUGACUUCAGUCACCAGGAGCACUUCGAACGAACAACACUAAAAUCUCCACGGAAAGAGUUACACGGAAGCACAAGGUCAAAGAUGUCCUACAUCCUUUGGGCGAUUUUGGCCCUUUCAUCUUUAACCAAAAUACACGGUGAAGGUGUUGGGACAGCCUGGGACGUAUCGCGAUACUCGAAUUCAGAUUCGUUAGAGCGCCCAUCCUGGCCACGUCUGGACCCAUCGGCGUCCUCGUUAGCAUUCGAGGUUCGCAGCGUCAGCGGCGUCGGCCGACUUUCCUCCAUUGAGGAACCACAGGAGUUCGAAGAUCUCCGAGCGACUAGGAUCAACUUGGAGGAUGGGAACAUUCAGGAAUCCGAAGAUGAGCACUCGCGAGAGAAACGUGAUUUGGAGGAUUUUCAUUAUCGUUCGAAUGAGGAACUCAUCGAAGAACCUGCCUUUGAGGAUUUUUUAAGAGAUCGUCAAGGACUCGAGGAUGUCGAGGAAUUUCCAAGUGACGAAGCGUACUACGCUUAUGAAAGAGAACGCAGAAGUAUCUUGGACGAGCCGAUGAUGCAUCAUUUUACUAGACAGCAUAUAGACAGCAUGGGACGAGCACCAAGAGUGCGUCGCGAAGCCGACAGUCAAAUGGAGAAAAUUUCCAGUUCGAAGAAUGUCCGCGAGGCACGUCUGAACUCACCGGAAACCUGGGCGAAGCAACCAAUUUCAGUAGAAUUUCGUCAUCGUACCAAUCUCGAUCAAGUAUCCAGAAAUAAUAUGCCGUCUGACAAUGGACGAAGUCGUCAAGCACCAAAGACAGAUUUCAUAACGAGUCAUCGACGCGAUUACCCGGAUAUUCGAGAAUCAAGAGAGAUGCCAAUAUCCCGAAAUUACGGUGAUUACGUGCCGAUGUAUCGUGACAAAGUAAGAGAACGUGAUUUCGACAUGGCCAUACCUAGGAGGUUCUACCCUGAUCGCUACAGAAUGGAACGUGACUAUUACCCACGUGGAUCCCACGAAUCACCGUAUUAUUACAAUCGUCAUCACGACGACGAGCUUGACAUCUACGGCAGAAACAGAGGAGCCCAAUCGGUGACGGCAAAACCGAAAAGAAUCAUCUAUUACGCCACUCUACCUGAGGUCAUCAGAAAGCCAGUAGAUCUCAGAUCCUACGGACGUCCUUAUGAUGACGUUGUCAGGUCGCAUCCUCUAGCUGUCGCCAGUUCAACUGCCUAUAAACGUAUACCAGGCAACGUUGAUCCAAAUAGAUUCAGAUACAAAUCUGUACGUCCAUACGACACAUAUGACUCGUAUGACUCUUACCCUAAACGUGCUGCAGGAUAUUACGAUAGACCUUAUGCACCUUAUCAAUCCAGGAUUGAAGAUCACGAUCGGGCUGCGCUCAAAGAAAAUUCUAUGCAUCUGGAUUCUAUGGAUUCUGACGACGAACGUAAAUUAGCUAAUCACGUAAAUGCACGGGAUGACACGAGGGGUGGUCAUGGGCUUCCUUGGUCAGUGCAGAUCGGGACGGAAGUUAAUGUCAAGGAUGAUGAUAGAAUUCCUGGUAGGAAGAUAUUCGGGCAGAUUGAUAAUUAUGAUAGGUACCAGAGCGCUCAGUUGCAAAAAGCUGCUCCUGAUUCCGUGACGUCUAACGAUGACAGGAAUGGCAAUUAGGUUUAAUGAUUAUCAUACUUUAGGACUUGAUUAUCAUAGUAGGCAGUGAAUGUAGCUUCUUGACUGUAGACCGGUGCUGGAUUCAAUCGGUUUGGAAUUGUCUAUUUUUUUCUAAUGCGAUGUUAGAAGAUUGAGAACGACAUGUGGACUCCACAUAUGGGUGACGGUUCUUUUAUGAAAACUGGCCGAAUUCCAUUUAGGAUGAAAAAGAUACUUUUUCAAAAAAAAAAUGGAGUUUGGCCACGGUCAAAUGAUUACCUAAUUUUGUUAGCAUACCUUUAAUGAGAUGACAAUGUAACUUUAGUUUUCCUAUCAAUAAACUUCGGUCUGCCAAAUA